UGUCUCAGAUUCAUUCUUAAGGAACUGAGAACUUAAUCUUCCAAAAUGUCAAAAAGACCAUCUUAUGCCCCACCUCCCACCCCAGCUCCUGCAACACAAAUGCCCAGCACACCAGGGUUUGUGGGAUACAAUCCAUACAGUCAUCUCGCCUACAACAACUACAGGCUGGGAGGGAACCCGGGCACCAACAGCCGGGUCACGGCAUCCUCUGGUAUUACGAUUCCAAAACCCCCAAAGCCUCCAGAUAAGCCGCUGAUGCCCUACAUGAGGUACAGCAGAAAGGUCUGGGACCAAGUAAAGGCUUCCAACCCUGACCUAAAGUUGUGGGAGAUUGGCAAGAUUAUUGGUGGCAUGUGGCGAGAUCUCACUGAUGAAGAAAAACAAGAAUAUUUAAACGAAUACGAAGCAGAAAAGAUAGAGUACAAUGAGUCUAUGAAGGCCUACCAUAACUCCCCUGCAUACCUUGCUUACAUAAAUGCAAAAAGUCGCGCCGAAGCCGCUCUAGAGGAAGAAAGUCGACAAAGGCAGUCUCGCAUGGAGAAAGGAGAACCUUACAUGAGCAUCCAGCCUGCUGAAGAUCCGGAUGAUUAUGAUGAUGGCUUUUCAAUGAAGCAUACAGCCACCGCCCGUUUCCAGAGGAACCACCGCCUCAUCAGUGAAAUCCUUAGUGAAAGUGUGGUGCCAGACGUUCGGUCGGUUGUCACAACAGCUAGAAUGCAGGUCCUCAAACGACAGGUCCAAUCCUUAAUGGUUCAUCAGCGAAAACUAGAAGCUGAACUUCUUCAAAUAGAGGAGCGACACCAGGAAAAGAAGAGGAAAUUCCUGGAAAGCACAGAUUCAUUUAACAAUGAACUUAAAAGGUUGUGUGGUUUAAAAAUAGAAGUGGAUAUGGAAAAAAUUGCAGCUGAAAUUGCCCAGGCAGAGGAACAGGCUCGCAAAAGGCAGGAGGAAAGGGAGAAGGAGGCAGCAGAGCAAGCUGAACGCAGUCAGAGCAGCAUUGUUCCUGAGGAAGAACAAGCCACUAAUAAGACCGAAGAAAAGAAAGAAGCAGAGAACAUUCCAAUGGAGACAGAGGAGACACGCCUUGAAGAAACAACAGAAAGUCAGCAGAAUGGUGAAGAAGGCACAUCUACUCCUGAGGACAAGGAGAGUGGACAGGAGGGGGUGGACAGUAUGGCCGAGGAAGGGACCAGUGACAGUAACACUGGCUCAGAGAGCAACAGCGCCACAGUGGAGGAGCCACCAACAGAUCCCAUACCAGAAGAUGAGAAAAAAGAAUAAAUGUUGCCUUGUUUUAUGUAUUCUAAAUCCUUUUUUAAAUGAAAAAAAAAAAUGUUUUUGAGUUUUAAUGGUGUUAUGUGGUUUGUGUACUAAUAUUUUUCUUGUCCAUAUCACGCCACCCAAAGCUUUUGGACCAUAUAACAUCAUGAGCCAAAUGGCAUAGUCACCUUUCUUAAGUGGUUGUGAUGAUGGUUCUCUUCCUUAGAUCUUGUUUCUACCCUUCACUGCUGAAAGCCUCAGAAUUUAAAUUAAUUGAGAAAAUGCCCAUUUUUGGAGAAUUUUCCUUUGAUGCUGCAGAAUCUACUCUUACAAAUGCCUUCCUACAGCUCACUGGGGUGCUUACCAAAGCCAUAGCUUUAAAUCUUCUCAGUCCCCAUCAACAGCUUCCUGAAAGUUCCCUUUCCUGUGUACUUCCACAAAGGUAGCUUCUUGAAAACGUAAUCAUGUAUGAGUAUAUGUUUGUUCACUUGCCCUUUUCAUUUGUAAUCAAUGUCAGAUAACCAAGAGUUGUGUUAAAGUGUUGAGUGUACCUGCAACUAUGCUUGGAUCGUAUUGAUCGAGAAAUAGUCUCCAUAGAGUAGUCACCAGCUUAUGAAAUAGUCAUUAAAGCAAACAUGGCACAUGUAUACUGUCCUGCUUUUUGUUAUAAUUAAUAUUGGGUACGUUCUGGUCAAUUCAUCCUUAUUGUACAAAAAAAA